AGUUGUCACACAAUGUUGGGAAGACGUUGAACCUGCAGCCUCCUGUUCCUGCAGCCUCCUGUUCCUGCCCCCCCCGUGUAACUAAAUAUAGGUCACAAGCUGUCUGAACACACCUCGCUGGAUUUGCUGACAAGCGAGUCUCACUUCCUUUCCUUGACGGGACAGGUCUCCUCGUCCCAGUGCACGCGAGCAGGGAGGGACCGCGCGGCCUCGUUAUCCUGUGCUGAAGACCCGCGGUUGACAGUCGCAGCGAUGAGGGCCGGCGGCGGCACGCAGGUACUGGACCGAGCUGCGGCGACCUGCAUCCUCGCGCUCUGUCUCGGCUGUUUCCACGUGGUCGCCCUCAAGUCGCGACUGUUCACCCGGCUCGGUGGGGCGUCCGACUCCACUGAGAACCCCAUCAGCUAUGACACGUUUUAUUUUGACCAAAAGAUCGAUCAUUUCGGUUUCCUAGAGGAUGGCACCUUCAAACAGAGAUACCUUGUGGCCGACAAACACUGGCAGCAGCCCGGAGGACCCAUUUUGUUCUACACUGGCAAUGAGGGCGACAUCACCUGGUUCUGCAACAACACUGGCUUCAUGUGGGAGAUUGCAGAGGAGUUGGGAGCCAUGCUGGUUUUUGCAGAACAUCGUUACUAUGGAGACUCUCUGCCUUUUGGACAAGACUCUUACAGUGACAGCAAACACCUGAACUACCUGACCUCGGAGCAAGCCCUGGCAGACUUUGCAGUGCUGAUUAAGAACCUGAAGAGCUCUGCACCUGGAGCGCAGCAAAGCCCUGUCAUCGCUGUCGGAGGUUCCUAUGGAGGGAUGCUCGCCGCCUGGUUCAGGAUUAAAUACCCCAAUAUAGUUGUUGGCGCCUUGGCAGCUUCUGCACCGAUAUGGCAGUUCACUGGGAUGGUGCCAUGUGGAGACUUCUACAGAAUAGUCACACGGGACUUCGCCAAGAGUGGGCAGAACUGUGCUGCGAACAUCCGAAAGUCUUGGAUGGCCAUUAACAACGUCUCUUCCACUGCGCCUGGACUUCAGUGGCUGUCAGAAGAAUUCAGUCUCUGCGCCCCUCUAAAAAACGAGAACGAUGCCAUUGGCUUCAAGAGCUGGCUUCAGGAGACGUGGGUGAAUCUGGCGAUGGUGGACUACCCGUACGAAGCCAACUUUCUGCAGCCACUUCCUCGCUGGCCGAUCCAGGUGGUGUGCAAGUAUCUGGCUUUAGAUCCCGCUGUCUCUGACUACCAGCUGCUGCACGGCGUCUCCCAAGCAGCAAAGGUCUACUACAACUAUACCGGAAGCUCCUCCUGCCUCAACACAUCUCAGACGGCCACCAGCAGCCUCGGCUACAUCGGCUGGAGUUACCAGGCCUGCACCGAGAUGGUGAUGCCCAUGUGCACAGACGGCAUCCAGGACAUGUUUGAACCCGAGGGCUGGAACUUCACGGCCUUCUCUGACGAGUGCAGCGCCCUGUUUGGUGUCAGGCCGCGAGCGGACUGGGCAGGCACGGUCUACGGGGGGAAGGACAUCGCCUCGCACAGCAACAUCAUCUUCAGUAACGGAGGACUGGACCCCUGGUCGUGUGGUGGCGUGACCUCCAACAUCACGGAUUCUCUGGUUUCCAUUGUGAUCCCCGAUGGAGCCCAUCACUUGGACCUCCGCUACAGCAAUGACCAAGACCCACCUUCAGUCAGCGCAGCCCGGGAGUUAGAGGUGAUGUACUUUCGAGAGUGGAUCAAGCAGGCGAAAAAGACACCGCAAACCUCUUAGUCCCUGAAGAGCAGAACAAUGUCACCCGACCCAGGUGGCCAAGCUUUAGUUCACGUGACAUUAUUUCACAAGGUGCUCCCUGCACCAUUCUGCCAAAGUUUGUGCUUUAAAAAAAAUAUAUAUAUAUUUUGUAUUAAUGUUGUGGACAAUUUUCUUUCUUUAUAUUGAAUUAUUACCUUUUUUUUAAUAAAAAAUGUUCAACACAACUCUUUAAUGCCAAUGUCAUUAAUCAUGUGAGCAGGGGUUUUUUCAUCUUCAAUUUUCUUUGACCUAGUGAGACACAGUCCAUUUCUUUAUGCCAAAUUAUCCUUUAACAAGGGCUUGGAGAGGCACUCCAUUAUGAGAAAUAAAUGAGCUUGACUCGUCACUUUCUUUGUCAAUACAUUUUUUCACAUCGUCAUCAAAAGACUCGAUCAUCCUCAUGGAAAGAAAAUUUAAUUAAGCGUUUUUUUAAAUAUCCUGUCGAGUGUAGUUUGUUAUUGUUCACAGUGCCUUCCUCGCUCUUUAAGUUUUCUCAUGUCUUAUGUAACCGUUCCUUAAUAUGCUGUCUACCGGUGAAAGGGAUUAAAAAGCUACUAAUAAUA